AUGAAAACUCAAAUACUUUCAAAUGAUUCUGAAAAUAAAAAAAAUAUUCCGACUAAUAAUAAUAAUGUUACUAACGAUCUCACAAAAAAUAUAAUUAAUCCUGUAUUAACUGAUUCAAUUUUAAAACAUCCUGCUGUAGAAGAAUCUGAUACCGAAAACAAUCAAAUUUUCAAUCUUUAUAAUUACGAUAUUGGUACUUUAAAAACCGAGAUAUUGCAAACACAUUUAAUUGAAAAAGUUAUUCGUCAAGGUCAUCAAAAAAUGCCAGCGUCUUUUCCUCAUGAUCUACUGAACGAUCCGUUUCCAUUAUCAUUGCUUUCUAAAACUGCCAAAUGGCAAAAAAGUAAAACGCGAAUUGUUAGUUUGGAGUCACUAGAAAAAAUUGCUCAAGCAAAUCGUACACGAAUAGUUUUGGAAGCUGAAGCUGAAGCUGAAUCGAUUAGGCUUAAAGGUGAAGCAGAGUCAUUUGCUAUUCAAGCUAAAGCAAAAGCUGAUGCUGAACAAGCUAUGAAAAAAGCAGAUGCUUGGAGAGAGUACAAAAAAGCAGCAAUUAUUGAUAUGGUUUUACAAACAUUGCCAAAGCUUGCUGCCGAAGUUGCUGCUCCGUUUGAUAAUACCAAAAAAGUGACCAUGGUAGCUAGUGGUGAUGGUGAUGUAGGAGCUGUUAGAUUGACGAAUGAAGUAAUUCAAAUUGUCAACAGAGUACCUGAAAUGGUUACCACCUUGACAGGAGUUAAAAUAAAUGAUGUUAUGAAUAUGUAA